CUUCAGUUGAAUAAACAAGCAAGAAAGAGAUCAGAGAGCCAAAGCAUAAAGAAUGUCCAACACCAAGCUUGUCGCUCUCACCAUCGUGUGUCUCUUCUUGGCUUCGAACUAUCAGUUAGUCUCACCGUUUCGAGUGGCCCGACUGCUCUAUUCCGUUCCUCCAGCGGACGACGGUCACAGCAAAGUCCCAGCAGUAGGAAGCAGACCGCGACAGGACGGUUCUCAUACAGGGAACACCUCGCCCUCUGGGUGGACAAUGCCACCGCCGCCAACAUCAACGACUAAGUUCGCGUACAAUUCCACGACUGCAAGCUGCCCAUCCUCGCAUGCGACUUCUACCGCGACGACUAUCACCAGGUCGAAAGUCAACAGCCCGCCUAGUGCCACAACAAGCUCAACUGCAACCGUAAACUGCCCGAGUGCUGGAUCCCCUUAGAAUAUACUGAUCCCUCGCCAUCUCCACGGCCGGCUUCGUCAUCUGUUAUCAAGCAAGGAAAGGACGUCGAAAAAGUAGUUAUUUGGUUUGGAUUUAUUAUCGAAUGUAUAUGGGGGAUCUCUCUCCUCCAACCUAAUAGUGCUUUCUUAAAUUUGUAUGCAUUCAUGUAUGUCAGCCUGGGAAUACGAUAUUAAUUCUACCCUCAAGUUAUUAAUUAUACUCGUAAAUAUGCACGUGC